GCGGCUCUAGGACCCAGUCACAGAUAGCCCGGGGGUGUGGCUAUAUUUUUAAUCUGACCACAGAACCUGUUAACUGUCUGCUGCUUCCUCUACAACAGCCCCCACAGAGCCUUGCCAUAGUUCCUCAAUGUGAGAGCUGCUUGCCUCUGCUUUAAUCAGGCUCCCCCUAGAGCAGUUCUAGCACUCCACAUCCCCCAGACCUGGCUGCUGCCUCUUGGACCAGCACCGUGGCCCUGCAGAUGUCCGUGUCAGGCAGGCCAAGGCAGCACACAGCCAGCCAUGGAGAGGCAAGCCUGGAUACUGAGGAGCUUCCUGGCACAGGUGCACAGCAAGGAGGCAGAAGGGGACGAGACAGAUCGAGGCUUUGCUGGCGAGUUCAUGAGGCUCAAAAGGCAGUCGACCAAGUACCGUACUGACAAGAUCUACCCCACGAAGACAGCAGAGAAACAGGAGAAUGUCAAGAAGAAUCGAUACAAAGACAUUGUUCCCUUCGACCACAGCAGGGUAAAACUCUCCCUCCCUGCCUCCAAAAAUGACUCAGAGUACAUCAAUGCCAGCUUCAUCAAAGGGGUGAAUGGGUCUAGGGCUUACAUUGCCACCCAGGGUCCUCUGCCCCACACUGUUUUGGACUUCCUGAGGAUGGUCUGGGAGUACAACAUUGAGAUCAUCGUGAUGGCAUGUCGGGAGUUUGAGAUGGGCAGGAAAAAGUGUGAGCGCUACUGGCCAGAGAAAAAGGAGGAGGCUUUUGUGUGUGACCCGUUCUCAGUUUACUGUGACAAAGAGGACAGUAAAGGGGAUUAUUUGAGCAGGACACUGAGGCUGAGCUAUCGCUCUUCAACCCGUACUCUGCACCAGCUGCACUAUAUGAACUGGCCUGACCAUGGGGUGCCAGACUCCAUCCCCCCCAUCCUGGAGAUGCUGCAGGAGAUGCGCUCCCUCCAGGCCCACGAUGACCUUCCUAUCUGCAUCCACUGCAGUGCUGGCUGUGGAAGAACAGGGGCCCUGUGUGUCAUCGAUUACACCUGGAACUUGGUCAAGACACAGCGGAUCACAGAGGACUUCAACAUCUACGACCUGGUGCAGGAUAUGAGGACCCAGAGGCCGUCAGUGGUUCAAACUAAGGAACAAUAUGAGCUGGUGUACAGAACCAUCAGGUUCCUGUUUGAGAGAUACCUGCAAUCUGAGGAGGUGCCCUACUUCAUCUCCACAGCCAGUGAGAGUGAGGCUUCAGACCUGAGUGAAGAGUCUGAGUCUGGCCCCAAAACACAGGACAGACUUCUGUCACAGACAUUGCUAAGUUACCCAGUAGAGGAGGAGCCAUGGGGGAUGUCCAAUCACGUUGCUGCGUUGUCCUUGUCAAUGCCAGAGGUGUGUGAUGCUGAGGCAGCUGGUCCUUCCUCAUCAGACGUCCUGAGCUGCCUGCGAGUGAGGGACAGUCAACCGCAGAAACAGAGACCCUUCUCCCUCCAAACAGUACCAACUCCCCUGGCCACCAGGAUGGAGAGGGAGAGGGAGGAGGCAGUGAUGUCCCAGCUGCUCUCCCAGGUCCCCGCCUUCGUCUGCCUCACAGUGGAGGACCCUUACUUUGGGCCUGAGUCUUUGCCAAACUCCCCUGUGGAUCCAGAGACAUCCGGAGGUUCUGUUGAGAGCUUGGCUCUUCUGCCUCAGUGGCAGGACAACCCUUGCUCCACCGUGCCCAGUUUGGCUCUUAACGACCAGGCCAUGGAGCUACCGGUGCUGCCUGCUUCCACAAGGUCUGACAGCCCUCCACCAUUACCUGAGCGGACCCUUGAGUCCUACCUGCUGGCUGGAGAUACAGAGAGCUUCGACCCCAGUCAGAGGUUAGAGGUCAUCAUUCCCCCUAACGCUGCGGCUGAUGCUCUCAGGGAGCUUGGAGUAAGCCCCCCCUCACCUGUGCCCCCACUCCCAGACAGAACCCCAGAGUCGUUCUUGUUGGCCAUUGAUGCAGCUCCUGGUGAGGUGGAGCAGUCAGACGUGACCAGGAGCCGGCUGGGGACCUCCUCAGAGUGGUCAGGGCACACACAGGCUCCAGUACCUCAGUACCUGGAGAAGCGAAUCUGGUCCAGGAGCAAGAGCUUAAAAGUGAACAUGAAACCUUCAGCAUCAGGCUUCUCGACUUCAUCAUAUACAUCCUCAGACCUCCCUUCUCCACCUCUCCCUCCCAAUUAUAUAACUCCCCCUGCCUCACCCCAAGUUACCAGAAGCCUGACCCCGCCCUUGCCCGAGAGGACCCCAGAGUCCUUCAUCCUGGUGACCGAGGGAGGCCCCCAGAGCAGCGCCCCCUGCCUGCCGAGCGUCCCCCAGGCCUCUCAGAGGAUAGGCACGUCCUCAGAGUGGUCGGGAAGCUCUCAGCCCAAGAGAUUGCUGGAUGCUGUCAUGAACCGGAGCAAGAGUGUGCGAACAAAGAGUUCAAUACAAGAACCGCUGUCGACAGUUCCGUUUGUGGCUCCACCUCCUGUGGUCGUCGCUGGAGGAGGAAGUCCUGAGGUGACAGUACAGCAGGAUCAGGCUGUGGAGAGUAGAGGGUCUCCCAGCCAUGAGAGCACUGACUGGUCUGACAAGUCUGCUGGGAAGGCCAUGUCCAGAACCAAGAGUCUGAAGUUUUUCAAGUCGAAACAAAAGUCUAAGGUAGCCCACCCACCACCAUGUGCUGCCUCCGGACCUUCGACUUCAUACAGCGCUUCCCUGUCAGUCUUUAAGUUUGGAUUUGGGCUUCGCUUUGGGAAACCCAAAGGCCCCAGGAGUCAACCUGAUAACUGGGUGUGAGACUGUAGCUGUGCCCCUCUCCUCUCUCAUGGAGUGGAACCUUGCAUGGAACCAGGAGAAUGUUUUUCAUGAUUAUUUCUAAUAUAAUAUAUAUGUAAAGGACCAUGGGCUGUUUGAAGUCGGGGGAUCCUAUGACAUGUGUCAAUCUCAGGGUACAAUGAUCCUCUUCUUAUCAGCUUUGCAGAGGAGCACAUGUUGAAGACCUGCUGGCGACAGAUUGAUUGUACUGUGACUGUGUCCGUGCCUUGGGGAAAUGUGAGCGAGUGCUUACUGAAGUAUAAGCAACUCCUGGUGAGAAUCUUCGAUUCUGUUGUGCUACCUGAACAAAAAGGUUUUUUUUCUUUACGUGAUCAAAAUGUGAGAUGUUUAAUUCUCCCAUCAUGACCUGACCUGAUCUGAAUUCUCUUUGGGAAACAACUCUCAUCUUUUUUUCUUUUUACCAUUUGGUGGAACAAUGAACAGUAAGGCACUGUUCUGUUAUGUGUGCUGCAUACCUGCAAACUUGUCACUUUUUAGUGAAAAUAGCCGUUUUGAAUGAAAAAAAUGUCAUCCACGUGAAUCAUGUAGAUCCGGAGAGUUUUUAUAAAUGUGUCACCUUUUUCAGCCCUUCAUAGUUUGCAGGUAUGGUGCUGAAUAAUGAGUUCAUGUGCUCUGGAAUGAGAGCACCAGCAUGAGCUGUCUACAGCGCCCCCUGUCUGUCAGUGAAGGCACCUGGGUGUCAGUGGUGUCUCUUACCUCAGUCACAUAGCCUUCAUGAAAAGGGAUUCUGUGCUACUGUACACAAAAGGAAUUAAAAGCAACAUCCUCCAGAGAAUGUACGAAUAAAUCAAAAAUAUUUAUUUAGAAAAA